GACGAGGCCUUACCCCGAAGAAGGAGUUACGGUGUUGAAUUAACCUGACUUCAGCGGUGCAUUCUACAUAACAGUCAGCGUUUUCCCAAAGCGAUGCUUCAGAUCAGGCACUGCAAAUUACUAGGGCUUUGUCCUUGAUGUUAAUCAUUUCAACACACCGAGAAGUUGAACUGGGAACCAAGAAGCAGUCUGACGUCAUUAAACAUGAGCAGGCUCCAGGCCUCUCCCGUCACAAUGGUCAACGGCCUCGACUCUGCGGAUCCCAGCCACGCUCUGUUCGACCGCUUUGUCCAGGCUCCGACGUGUAAAGAGACGCGGCAGAACUUCGCCGAACUCUGCCGCCACCUGGAGGUUGAGCCCAGUGACUACAAGCACUUCUACAGCAAGCUGAAGGACAGACUCAACUACUGGAAAGCCAAAGACCUCUGGCAGAAGAUCGACAAGAGGGGCGCCCAUGUGGACUACGAAGGGGGUCAGGCGUGUCAACGAAACAAGUGUUUAGUGCUGGGUGCGGGUCCGUGCGGUCUCAGGACAGCCAUUGAACUGGCUCUACUAGGCGCUCGGGUAGUUGUAUUGGAAAAAAGAGCGUCCUUCACGAGGAAUAACGUCCUGCAUUUGUGGCCGUACACGAUUCGAGACCUUCUCAACCUCGGGGCCAAGAAAUUCUACGGCAGGUUCUGCAGUGGAUCCAUUCAUCACAUAAGUAUCCGUCAGCUGCAGUUGAUUCUGUUGAAACUGGCCCUGAUUUUGGGGGUUGAGGUGCACACAGGUGUGACGUAUGAAGGUCUGCGGGAACCAUCGGGGCCCACAGGAUGGAGGGCACAGGUGUCUCCUGCGUCCCACGCGGCUGCUGAGUUUGAGUUCGAUGUUUUUAUUUCAGCUGGAGGGGGUCGAUUUGUGCCUGAUGGUUUUAAAAUAAAGGAGCUCAGGGGGCAGUUAGCCAUUGGUAUCACUGCGAACUUCAUAAACCGCCACACUAAACAAGAGGCUCAGGUGCAGGAGAUCAGCGGCGUGGCUCGAAUAUACAACCAGAAAUUCUUCCAAGCGCUUCAUUCUGAGAUCGGAGUUGAUCUAGAGAACAUUGUCUACUACAAAGAUGAUACUCAUUAUUUUGUGAUGACUGCAAAAAAGGGAAGUUUGUUGAAACAAGGAGUGAUAAAGCAGGACUUUUCGGAUGUCGGUCAGUUGCUAGCACCGGCGAACGUCAACCAGAAGGCCCUGCAGCAGUACGCCUACAGCGCCGCUGACUUCUCCACAGAUCACAUGCUGCCGGACCUGGAGUUCGCCGUGAACCAUGCGGGCCGUCCGGAUGUGGCCAUGUUUGACUUCACCUGCAUGCAAAGGGCAGAGAACUCCUCUCUGGUGAAGGAGAGGGAGGGCAAGAGACUGCUCCUCGCUCUGGUGGGAGACUCUCUAGUAGAGCCGUUUUGGCCUUUGGGUACCGGCAUUGCUCGUGGUUUCCUGGCUGCGUUUGACACAGCGUGGAUGGUCAGGAGUUGGGGAAAAGGUGUACCACCUCUAGAGGUGUUGGCAGAGAGGGAGAGUGUGUAUCAGUUACUCUCUCAAACGACUCCAGAAAACACCAGCAAGAAGUACGCCGCCUACAGCAUCGAUCCGUCCACACGUUACCCGAACGUCAACCUGUCCUCUAUCAGACCCAUGCAGAUCAAGCGUCUGUAUGACAAAGAGGAUGCUAAAGGCAACAAACAGAUAAAACCCCCCAUAAAUACUAAACCUAACAAAGACUCCAUCAGGCGUCUGGAGGAUCUGCUGUCCUGGUGUCAGAAGAACACUGCGGGGUACAAACAUGUGAAGGUGAAAGACCUGAGCGAGUCGUGGAGGUCCGGGAUGGCUCUCUGCGCUCUCAUCCACAACUUCAGACCUGAGCUCGUUGACGUGUCUUGUCUAGAUGAAUAUAACAUCACCGGGAACAAUAAUUUGGCCUUUGACCUGAUGGAGAGAGAGUUCGGCAUCACUCCGGUCAUGCGUGCCCGUGAAAUGACCACUUGCAGGAAAAUCGACCAGCUGUCUAUGGUCGCCUACCUCACACAGAUACGCAACGCUCUCACCGAGAGCGUACCCACACCAGCAGAGCGCUCAAACAGCCUCUCGCCCAACAGCAAGUCCCUCUCUCUGUCCAGAACCCGCUCGGUAGCCUUCUUCCUCAACACACUCAAGCGCAACUCCAUCCAAAAACGCAAGGACCGACUGGCAUCGGAGAAAGGACCGAGACAGCAAAAGAUGAAGGAGAAAGAGGAGGAGAAGAACGAGAAAGAGGAAAAACCUGCGGUGCCCGUGGAGCCCAUGGCCUCAUCGGAGACGGGCAGCAGUGAGCUCUGUUAUUUCUGUAACAAGCAUCUAUAUGUACUGGAGAGAGGAAGCGCUGAGGGCAAGUUCUUCCAUCGCAGUUGUUUCAGUUGUUAUCAGUGCAGCUCUACUCUGCGGCAGGGAGGAUACACUUUUCACUCCGACACGGGGAGGUUCUACUGCGAGCUGCACUCAGCAGCCGAGGAAGAGGAGGGUGAUGAAGGUCACAGAGGCUCACAGAACCAAAUUGAAAAUGGUCUUAAUGUGAAGGAAAAAGAGAGCAACGGUGAAACCGUGGAGAUUACAUCCCCACCUCCACACGUCUCCGUGAGACGGAAGGGCUCCUACAAGAUCUCCGUUGACCCAGACUUUGAAGAAUCGAAUGAGUGUCCCACUCCCACAGAGCAAGAAGACCAACCUCCAUCCAGCUCUCAUGAAGCGAACGCCCCCUCAGAGCUCACAGGCAUCGAGGACCCCCAUAAUAAGAGCAGUCCGUCCGUUCCGGUGCCGGCCCCUCGACCGUCCAGAGUUCCGCUCCCAAAGCCUCGCACAGUUCAUAAUGUGGUGCCUCACGAGGAAUCGGAGCAGAACCAAGAGGAAACCCCGGAAUCCAAAUCCAAACCGUCGCUGCGUAAACUCCAGCUGAGCGAAGAUGAGAAGGCCGAGCUGCUCAGCCAGGAUUCAGACUCGGAGACGCCCGCCUCGUCCUCCGCCGCCUCCACCUCCUCUUCCUCCAAGCAGCAGGAAGGAGGAGAGGAGGAGGGUUACUCGAGCGGAGGCACCGCCACCGGGAUGAGCCUGAGGGACCAGCGCAACCGCCGAUGCGUGAGGAGGAAGAGCGAGCCGCCGCCUUCUGCGCACUUGCAGCACGGAAAGAUGCGCUCCAAGUUUUCCCCGUGGAAUCUGUCCUCACCUCGACUGCAGCAGCGCUUCAGCGUCCUCCGAGUCGCACCUCCAGAACAAGCUGAAAUAGAUAAUUAUGUAUCAGAAGAUGAUAAUGAAGAAGGUGUUGACGAUGACGAAGAGGAGAAUGAAGAGGAUCUUCAAGGAGAAAACCAUUAUUUGGAUUGCAAGGGGGCUGAUUUUGAGAUUUCCGAGUCAGAGAAACGUGACCUAAAGAGGAUGAAAACUCUGGAGCGAAAAGCAAGGAUGAGCGAAAUCCAGCGCUUCCACAAAGCUCAGACGAUUCAGAGACGGCUGGAUGAGAUAGAAGUGACCUUUAAAGAGCUGGAGGAGAAGGGAGUGGAGCUGGAGAGAGCUUUGAGAGGAGAGGCUGGUUCAGACCCUGAAACGAUUGAUCAGUGGAUUGAUCUGGUCCAGGAGAAGAACAAUCUACUCUCGGAGGAGUCGGAUCUCAUGGUUGCGUCUCGACAGCUGGAGCUGGAAGACAAACAGAGCAUGCUAGAGAUGGAGCUGCGGAGAUACAUGGAAAUGGAUGACUCUGAGAAGACGCCUGAACAGCGAGAACAUGAGAACCAGAUCCUGCAGGAGAUGCUGGACGUGGUGGACAUGAGGGAUUCGCUGGUGGCCUUUCUGGAGGAGAAGAGGUUGAAGGAAGUCAAUGAUGAACUGCUGGGGAACUCAGUGCUGGAGGCCAAGAGACAUUCAACCGCAGCAUCCCAGGUGCUCUGGGAGUGAGACGCCACAACACACGCUUUUUCUGAACGCUACAACACCUUAACAGAGUAGUUCACCGUAAAGCUCAUCAUUUAGACACCCUCAUGCCUUUACAAACAUUCAGCGAAACAAAAGAAAGAAAAGUUGCGCAAUGUUCUCUUUUCCAUACAAUAAAACCGAAAGGUCUGGCAAACAUCUCGAAGGACAAAAUGCACCAUUAAAUCAUCGUGAAAGCAGAAUGUGAAAAAGAAAGAAGCAGUAGAAAGCCAAUGCUUAAUGUGAAGUUUUAUUAGGCUUAUUUAUUAGUUUUAGAAGUUGUUUUCCGUCUCAAAUCGCCGCUUUGUUUACUUUCAGUAAUGCCAAAAAUACAACGCUUCUCAUGUGCCUCAUAACCGGUUUUGCAGCGCUUAAAAUUUUCAGCCUCGACAGCUCACGGUUUACUUUUACAGCACAGAAAAUAGAAAGAUACAAUACAGGUUUGCUUCGACAAGAGGGUGAAUAAAUGAUGGCGGGUUAUUUAUUUCUGGGUGAACUGUCUCUUUAAAGACUCACUUCUGUCACACAAUAUGAAAAACACAGUGACUUGCAGGCACAAACGCAUACAUUGCACGUCUCCGUGCAAAGACUCUGCUCUUGAAAACCAAAGAGUUUAACGCAUCUGCGCACACAAAUUUAUGACGCCGAAGCCAGCCGCUACGGUCUCGCUCCAACAGAAACACGCUUUUAAAUGGAUAGAGAAACGAUGUGGAAGUGCACAUCCACCCCAGCCUUCACUGCCCGGACAAGGCCUUUGACGAGACCAGCAACGGUCUCACACUCGAACACACAGACUUCACUGGGGCAGACUGUGUUGCAUCUCGCACUUUUUAUAAGAGUCUAUAAAGGUCACGUAUGUUCUAGAUAUCAAAGCUCAUUUCUGACGCGCAGUUUGAAAAACUUAGUUUUCAUCUCACACUUUUGAAAGAUUAAAAAAAAUCAGAUGUGAAGCCAAAACUGCAAGAUGCAGUUAGGAGGGGGAAAAAAAAAAUUAGAAUCGCGGGAGCAUUCAGGCUUGGAAAGGUAAAUGUGACUUUAUCUCACAAUUCUGAAUGUUUGCUUGUGAAAUGUAGUGAGAAUUCUAAGAAUAAAAGUCGGAAUUCCUUGGUUAAUCGCUGCUUUUGAUCUCGGAAUUCUAUUCGGAAUUCUAUCCGUGAAGUGCGAACUUGGAACUCGGAGAUUUAAACUCAAGUUUGUCGUUUGCAUUUGCAGGAAAGAAACUUGCAGUUGUGAGAAAAAGAGUGGCAGAAAUAAGCUUCCGUACAUAACGUCCUCAUUAAAAGAUAUUAUAUAAAGAUAUUUACAUAUUUAUGAUGUCGUAUUUGGCAGAAACGGUGUAGCCGGAUGCCAGUAUCAUGUCUUAAACGGCACUUGCAUUGUAUAAUUAUUGAAUAUAUUACAGCUUUGCAAUUCAAUAUCACGAGGAGCUUUUGUGCAAUGUGCAAUUAUUAAUUUUUUUCCCUUGUAAGUGAUUGUAUUUUGUUAUUCUUCUGAAAUCCACACGUUGUUAUUAUUAUUAUAAGUUUUGAUAUUUUCUGCAUGAUCAUGAUUUUGACUCUCAGGGGUACAUCUGCUUGGACUGCUUUCCAUUUAUAUAUUUCUAAUUUCGUAUAUUUGCCUAUCAUUCUUCGAAAGUGUUUGCACAGUACGUAAUACAAGCUCAUGAAUUCAUUUGGGGAGAGACAAAGAAGCCGAAAGCCUGCUUUCCUUUGCUGUAUGAAAUUCCCACGGAGAAUUAUUACUUUGGUCUUUUUUUGUGUUGAUAAAGUGAUUUUCGUUUUUUCAGCACUCGAGAAUAAUUAGCGGCAUUAAUUCUUGUCAGAGAGGAAUUUUGUGCUCGUGUUUUGGGAACAGUGGUGUAAUAUUUGCAGUUUGUUUUUGCUCCCUGAUUGUAUUUUUCUUUAAAUACGUUCUCUCUCUCACAUACACACACACACACAUUACAUACACAUCAGCGGUUUCUUUUCUAUGGGGACAGUGAUUCACUCAAUAUGCUAAUAAAAUAUCUAGCACUUUA